GCAAGUUCUGGAGUAAUGGCGGACGACGUACUUGGAAUACUGUCUCUUUCGUAUGUUGUUGACAGUGAAGAUAUUCGGAAAUGAUGAGCGUUAAAGCUUGGCCAUUACCCGAUACGUCGGGUAAUGGAAGGUUUACAAGUUCACACAUAAUGAACGUUAAGUCAAACGGUCUUGGUGAAAAUACGACGUCUGUUAUGAAAGAAGAAGAAGACGACGAUGAUAAGAACACAAUACACAGUGGUCAUUUCAUGCUAAGUCGUGUUCACGAUCAUGACCCAUCGCCGUCUCUUGGAGACGAUGACGGACCAAGAAUAUCACGUUCGAAAGACGACAGCUAUGAUUUCCGCAAGGCUCGUAAAGAUACGGCUAAGAGCUACACGUUUACGACGGGGAGGAACACCAGGACCAUUGAUAUAGACGAGUCCCUCUCAACUCUGUUCGAUUGCAUGACUCUAGCUUACAGUGGUAAACUGACCUCGCCAAAAUGGAAACAGUUUCGCGGCCUGCAGCUAACUAUCAAGGACAAGAUUCGACUCAACAACCUGAUAUGGCGUGAAUGGUGCAUGCAAUAUGUUCAUGGAAAGGAAUCUGUUGUGUGCCAGUUUGCUGCACCUCUUUCAGAUGACAUUCACUCAAAGCCAGAGGCAAUAGUUUUGGAAGGGAAGUACUGGAAACGAAGAUUAGACACGGUCACAUUUGAGUACAAAAAAUGGCGACGUUACUACUGCAAUCGGAAGAAAUUCAGCAAGAACAGAAACACAUAUAUGUCAGAUCUGCUGCUGAACAAGGCUGGGGAUGUGAGCCAGCCGGUACCUUCCCAACCACUGUCCUCUACAGAUAUCUACCUGAACAGUACAGACUUCAUGGACAUGGACCUGGAGGAUGAACUCUUCAAUCAACUCAAUCAUUCAAGCUUCACCUUCCCGAAUCCUCGAGAAUUCAGCUCAUUUGGUAUAUCGAGUCUGCUGCAACCUGGCCUCAUUCCUUUACAGCCCAAUCUAGACGACACUGAUGCUUUAAUGGACUUUGAAGAACUUCUUCAGCAUACCAAUACCACUAGAUCUGGUAACUCUGUUGUACAGUUCACUGGGAGCAAUUCAUCAAGUUCACAGAAAGUAUACCCUUCAGAUGACUUUGAUAUCGGCACAGGAUCUUCAUCUAUGUCUUCAUUACGUGCUCUGCUUCAGCCGCCAUCUGCUCCUACUCCACCACCACCACCAAAGACUGUGCCUCCACAACCUCUUGUUCAGAGCCCUCCCCCACUCCCAUCCCCGAUCUCGUCUCCAAUCCAAACCACACACUCUCCCCAGCCUGAACAGGCUGCAGCAUCUGCUGGAGGCAACCAUGCUGUGAUGGACCUGAUCAAUUUGCUUCGUAUAGCACAACAGUCUCCUGAAAACAAUGGUCAGCUGGUUUCGUUACUGGCCACACAACUGUUGGAGACGCAGGCCACCCCAAAUCAGGCUUCUGAAGUCUUAAUGCAGUUGCAACAGUUGCAACAACAGCAGCAACUAAUUCAACAACAUGAACUGCAGCAACAACAACAGCAGCAGCAGCAGCAACAACAACAACAGCAGCUUUUGCAUUUGUUACAACAGUCUCAACAACAGCAAAUUCUACAGCAACAGCCUGUGGCACAACAGACUUUUUCAUUGCAAAAUAAUCAACAACAAAUUCUCCAACAACAGCAGCAACAGCAGCAGUUCACAGUACAACAGCAGCAUCAGCCACAACAAUUACAACAACAGCAAACACAACAGAAACCAAAACCAAUGGAGGUGAAACAGCAGAUGUUAAGUGCUAACAAAAUGACAAAAUCUGAUAGACAUUCGAGUCAGAAUGCCAGUCCGUUGCAGGCUGCUCUUUUGUCUGGACUUAAGUCCAAGGUCACAUCUCGUGUUGCCAGCAAAUCUGCAGCCCUAGCAUCUGCGGCAGCAGCGUCACAGCCUGUGGCUACAUCAGGCAAGGUGAACAAGGCUGGUGGAGAGUUUGUAGUGCCAAAGACGAAAAUGAUGCGAACGAAAACACGACAUGGACAGACUCCCUUACUGCCCAAAAUCUCCACCCCAACACCAGUCAGCAACACUUUAACGCCCUCCCAGCAAAACACAUAUCUGGCUCAACUUCUCACAAAAGGUACAUACCCGGGAGCAGUGAUAAAGGUGGAGAAGGAUGCCACUACACUAUCUAGUCCCACAUGUACAGCAGCCAGUCUGGCCAUGCCAAGCCUAUCCCAGCUGCAGCCUAUCCGUCCCCAAGAGUCACCGGCACCCUGUCCCCCCUCCCAGACCAUCACUAUCAGUCUACAGGAGGCAUCCGACUUGAACAGUAGGAUCAGUUUAUAUGGGUCAACAUCCGCCAUCACUGGUAGAUCCACUGAUGACUUGUCUGGUGACAGUACAGCCGGCUCCAGUUUGAAGUCCAGUACAGCGAGUACUCCUAUGGUGGCCGACAGCUCCCCAAUUCUCGACACAGCCAGUCUUGAUAUGGGUAGUCCACUCUCGGAAACUGAUGGAAAUGACUCACCUAGGGGGCGCCACAGUAGUGGAGACGGGGGAGGUACUCGCCGAGUUUCUCACACCUCUGCUGAGCAGAAGCGCAGGUGUAACAUAAAGAAUGGUUUUGAUGUGUUACACUCUCUGAUACCAGCUCUGAGUCAGAAUCCUACUGCUAAAGUGAGCAAAGCAGCCAUGCUACAGAAAACUGCGGAUUACUGCAAGAAAUUGAAGUCAGAACGAGCUCAUAUGCAAAAAGAGGCAGAAAUACUUAAACAAGAAAUAGAAUCUCUCAACCAGUCUAUUAGUACGUGCCAGUCCCAGUUACCAGCCACCGGCGUUCCUGUGACGAGGCAGCGAGCAGACCAGAUGAAGGAGAUGUUUGAUGAAUAUGUCAAGAACCGUACACUUGACAACUGGAAGUUCUGGAUUUUUUCUAUGAUGGUGAAGCCACUGUUUGAGGCCUACAAUAACAUGGUAUCAACGGCCAGUGUGGAUGAGUUGUGCAGGACCACGAUGGCCUGGCUUGACCAGCACUGCUCGCUAGUGUCCCUCCGACCCACUGUUCUGAAUGCCUUGCGGCAACUCAGCACAUCCACCAACAUACUGACCGAUCCAGCCCGCCUGCCAGAGCAAGCCACAGAGGCGGUCAUCAAGGCACAGAAGCUUUCCAAAUCCUGAGCCUUACCUGAAAUCUGAUUGGCUCAAAGUCUAUGAUGGUGUCAUGCUCGUCCGAGUUCAGACACUCGUCAAAGUAACCUUAAAAGGAAUUUGCUCAAAUAAUUUGGCAAAGUUUCAGGAAUCCAAUCCGAUAGCUAUGUGUGACAAAAUAGCUGAUGACUUGCAGGUUUUGCGUCAAAACAAUUGACUCACAGUUUGUAUGUCAAAAUGAACCUAAGCUUUGCAUAGUAGAAUUUUUGACUCCAUAUCGUGAUUGGCAUUAUCCUGCUUUGCAACAGAAUUCCAAGUACCAGGUCGUGACCAUGUGUCACUUUGACUAUCGCAAGUAGUCAAAUAAUGACAAAGCCAGUAGGAAAGCCAAAAAUGGUACAACAGCAUCAUUGAAAAGCCAUCCAGAACAGUGUUAGACAUGAAGGUUGUGACAGAAAUGGCCAUAUUGACUGGUAUGAUAUCUUGCCUUUGAUUGACAUUGUACUGAAUGUUGACAACAUUGAUUGUGCCAAUAUUAUGACUAGAAACUGGAAUCAGGAUUUUUCAAAACAUUUUGAGAUCAUGGUUGAUACAGAAUGGUGGGAUGAGAUAUUUAUCCUAAGGUUUGUGAUGAUAACCGGUGUUGAAUGGCAAUUUGAAACAUCUAUGGGUUUAGACCAUUGAUGUGACCUUGACAAAGGUCAAACAGACAAGGGUAGCCAUUUAGAUUUGGUUAAGGCAUUUUGUGAAGUUUUGCCUUCCAAACGGCUGACUUUGUUUUACACUAAGGAAGUGAUGUGUAUAUCAACAUACUGACUAGUUUGAAG